GGGGCGCACCCAAGCCGCACACACUCUUGAGUGAGGCUCGGCGUACACAUUGCACAAUUAGGCAGCAAUCAUGUCCAGUGGAGACAAGUCCAAGUCCUCUUCCCAGACCGAUGGGAAGGCCGCACAGAGCAAGAAGUCCGAGAUCGGCCUGACUUCCUACAAGAUGCUGGUGUUCGACCAGGAGAACUUCCAGGGCCGCGUGAUCGAGAUCAGCAGCGAGGUGAUGAACAUCUGCGAGCUGGGCAUGGAGCGUGUGCGCUCUCUGCGAGUAGAAUGUGGCCCCUUCGUGGGCUUCGAGCAGAUCAACCUGUGUGGUGAGAUGUACAUCCUGGAGAAGGGAGAGUACCCCCGCUGGGACUCCUGGAGCAACUGCCAGAAGAACGACUACCUGCUCUCCUUCAGGCCCGUCCGAAUGGACCCCGAGAAGCACAAGAUCUGCCUGCACGAGGUGGGAGAGUUCAAGGGUCGCAAGAUGGAAAUCAUGGAUGACGACGUUCCCAGCCUGUUCUCCUACGGAUUCACCGACCGAGUGGGCAGCAUCGUGGUCAGCUGUGGAAGCUUCGUGGGCUACCAGUUCCCGGGUUACCGCGGCAGCCAGUACCUGCUGGAGAAGGGCGACUUCAGGCACUUCAACGAGUACGGCGCCCGCACCCCGCAGCUGCAGUCGGUGAGGCGCAUCCGCGACAUGCAGUGGCACCAACAGGGCUGCUACACCUUGUCCAGCAAGUGAGGCUCGGGGAAGGAGAGAAAGAGAAAGAGAGGCUCACAAGAAGAGGGGAAGGGGGAAAGAUGUCUGAGGUCUUCACCGCAACAGCAAAGCAAAAGGCAGGGAGAUAAGGGGUCCAGGUGAGGAUCUUCUCAUCUCCAGGUGAGGAUCUUCUCAUCUCCAGGUGAGGAUCUUCUCAUCUCAUUAAGCUGGACUCCUCCUCUCCAUUGUUUCUCUUUCUCCCCUGUGGGCGGAGAUCACUUUCCCUUUUUUUCUUUUUAUUUCCACGUCCCCCAUCUUCACACACCACAAAGGAGAAGACACCCUUUACACACCAUUCUCAGGUCAGGGUGCAAUGCAUCAUGGGAAACGGAGUCCUCCAGCACUUCCUGCCCGGACUUGUGACCUCUGUGCAUGACACACACUUUCUGCUGUACACAAUCCUGGCCUUAGUUUACAAUAAAAAAGGAACAUUCCGUGUUUCAAA